GAAUUUUCCAAAAAUUUAAAAGCCCACUUCAAUGAGGCACCCACACGGAAACCUUUAGUAAAAGGCGAAAGGUUUAUACGUUCUGCGAGUACCUCGUGGGAAGAUGGAGAACAAACCAACGAAUUUCAUCCUUUAUUUAUAAAUUUAGGAGAAUUAUGGGAUUCACAAAAUG